AUGGUCGUCCUGGUCGGGCUCUUGAAUUUGCAGUUUUUUUGCAAGGAGCUACCGCCCUGGUUUUUUGAGCGGCACAACUUCACCCGCAGGCACCUAGGUGUGGACCUCUUCAGCUUGGACGGGCAGCGUGCGAUUCUCUGCCGGGCGGAGAAUGCCACCCACAGGGAUGUCAAGCGCUUUCUGCGAACAGCCACGUGCGUCUGCAAGGCUCCGGAGUGCAUUCUUUGGACUAUGCGUGGUUGCAAGAUCUCAGGCAGCUCAAAGAAGUGGCUUCGCAAGCCCGGCUGCCAGCGCACCAUACUCACCAAGAAACGCUUGCAUGAGCUGGGCCAGGAUCACGCUGCCUCCUUUCAGAGCUCCGAUCAGUUCAUUCGCAGCUCAACUUCUGAUCUGCCUCUGCGGCCUUGCCAGCAGGCAUGUCUGGAAGCUUGUGCCAAGGGAGCCCGAGUCAUCGAGAUGGCCUGUGGUACAGGGAAGACGCGCGUGAUUCGGGAGCUGGCCUUGGAAUGGGACGGUAAAGUCUUGGUCACUGUGCCAUCGCGGGUGCUGCUGGAGCAGUUUGCUGAGGAGAUCCCUGGUUUCUGCAAGGUGGGAAUGGGGUACAACGACAAGAUCAACAUGGCAUCCCGAGGCUUCAUAGCCGUCACUGAUUCCGUCCACCUAUUGCAGAAAUUGAAGUUCCAGGCGAUUUUCAUCGAUGAAGCCCACCAUCCCCUACCACCAGGAUUGCCUGGGUGCGAAGAGCUCUUCAGAUUCUCCGCCACACACAAGGAUGAGGUAGACUUCCGCUACAGCAUGGGCGAGGCGAUCCAGCAGAACGCGCUGUGCGACUACGACCUCACGGUUCCGGUCUUGGAUGAAGGGCACCCCUACCUUAGUUUGGCAAAUUUGCUUCUGUCACAGCCUGGACGCUUCAGACGGGUACUUGCAUACUGCAACUCCAUUGCAGAGGCCAAGCGCUUUCAGCAGGUGCUGGAAACUGUUGGACUAGCAGUGUGGCAUAUCAACGGGCGAAGCAACCAAGAAGACAGAGCGACGGCACUUUCGGCAUUUUCUGGUGCCCUGCUGAAGCCUGCAAAUGUGUUGGUCACGGUUCAAGUGUUGGGCGAGGGCGUCAACAUUCCGAACGCGGAUACAUGCAUGUUUGUGCAGCCUCGGAGCAGCUACGUAAGCAUCAUUCAGGCAAUCGGCCGCGUGUUGCGUCAUGGUACGAGCAAGCCCUUGGCUCAUGUUAUUUUGCCAGCGCUCGCCUAUCCUACGCCUUCUUCAGGCCUUGUAGACAGGGAUCUGAUCAAGUCUGGUGUUGCUGACGGCAGAUCUAAACCGUCCCAUGUGGGCAGCUCACCAUCCAAGGCUUUGCCUAGCGCACCAGAGGAAGUCAAGGCAACAUUCCAGAAAGGAUUGCCGAUGGAUGGCAUACCCACGGCCCAGGCCACCGCCGCGAGCGCAAAUUCAACCCGCAGCAAGGCUUGGCCGGUGUUGUCACAGGCAGUUGAACGAGCGCAUGAGACGUCUGCAUGUUUAAGCACAGUGAGACGUUCAGCCAGUCAAGAUCUUGCAUCCGGCAAAGAUAAACCAACAACGCUGGCAAUCUCAGACUGUCUGCAAGAGCAAGGGGUUGAAGAGAGGGGCAAGCAGAAGUCAGAAGUUUCCACGCUGUGUGAAAAGACGGGUGCUACGAACAGCAUGAAGCGUGAAGAUCAACAGCGAUCUAAUGGACGGGCUCCAGGACAGAAGCUCGGCUCCUCCUGUCAAAGCUUAGUGAGGGUCAUUGGCAGCCCCAAAACCAUUUGCUCAGAGUCCACGUCUUGUUCCCCUGAGAGAGCAAGCUGGUCAAGAAAAGGUGGGAAUACCAGACAUCCAGCUCAGGAGAAAUUGUAUGCGGAUGCAGACGUCCUGGUUGCUGGCCUCAUGCAGCAGGAUGAAGGUGCAGCCAUGGAUUCUGACGAAGAUCUCAUCUUGACUGAUAUUGCAAGUGCAGGAAGACUCUCAUCCACAAUCCUGCUCAACGAGAUGCGCAGGAUGGACGAAACUGGCGCAUCCCAGCACGCGGCUGAGAAGAGAAUGAAUAGAUCAGACCCACACGCGACAGCUGCACAGCCACGAAACCGAGCUCCAACCAUACAGAUUUUGCCUAAACUGGCCAGCAGAUCUGGGGUAAGGGGUAGCCGGUAUGUAAACCAGCUGGAUCGGUUUCUCGGGGCCAUAGCAGUGGCCGACCGUCGCAUGAUUGGUAAGGAUGCCCGACAAGUUCAGUCUCGACUAUGGUUAGUUGACUGCAGAUUGGAUCAACAUGUCUCCCUGCAUCCUGCAAUCCGUGCCAUGCAUUAUCAACUUGCACUCAUCCUGCAGCGAGCGGAUCCGUGGGAAGCUCGGCUACAGGCGGUCGAGGACUUUGCCAGGCUGCAUAACAGGCUCCCAAUGCAAGGCCAAAGUGCACCUGCACCUGGAGAAAGCACUUUGGCAACUUGGCUGAAAAACCAAGCAGUCAAUUUCAGGCAAAAUUUGCUGACAGGCGCUCGCAUGAAGCUACUCCUCAACACAACAUGCAACUAUCUCCGCGCUCGUCUGGUUCAGUGGCAGCAGGGACUGCCAGCGGCCGUGCGGUUUGAGCAGUACUGCGAGAAGUUGAAGCAGUUUGUUCAAACCAACAGGAGGGUACCAACAGGGCGGGUGAGUGGGCAUGCUGGAGAAAGCGAGCUUUACACUUGGCUGAACAACCUUCUGCUGCAAGGCAGGUUUCAGGACAGCAAAGUGCAGAAGGUGGCAGCAGUGGAUCCUAUGGUUGAGACGUGGAUUAAUGCAGAGGUCCACAGAAAGUUUCGGGUCAAGAAUGGGUGGAUUCGGAAGUACAGAGCUGUUGCUGAGUUUGUAAAGAUGUACGGCAGAGUUCCGCGAGUUGUCGCCAACGAAGGGAGUUUGCUUAGGUGGCUGCGUCAGCAGCGAUACAUCUUCGAGCGCCUGCCAACAAAAUUGCAAGAACUCCUACUUCAAAGCGAUCCCGUUAUCAUCACUUUCCUGACAAAACCUGACUACCGACUUGUGAGGAGAGCCCGGCAAGGUAGUCUGGCCCAAAAAUGGUGA